AUGACAGAACUCAAUCAAGAACAACAACAAUUAAAUAAUAAUAAUAAAAAUAAUAAUGUUGAUAUACAACCACCACCACCAUCAUAUCCGAGCGUUGUUUAUAAAAUAGACGAUAUCUAUUCUAGACAUGGAUAUGAUGGACCACCACCAUCUUAUAUUGAACAUUAUCCAUAUGCCGAACAACAUUCGAAUUAUCCUGGACCACCUGAUAGUCAAAUAUCAGGGUCGACAACAAAUGUUAUUACAUUCUCACUGUCACCACCAUCAGUGCCAAGUUCAUUGCUAAAAAAAUUACAAAGUUACUUAGUCAUUAAUGGAAUUAUUACAACUCUAUUCGGAGUUACUGCAAUCGGCUUACAAAUUGGCUUAUUAGCUUCAAAUGUUAUUGUCUAUUACUAUUAUGGAUUUUGGGCCGGUACUUUGGUAUUCGGUGUUGGUUGUAGUACUUUAGCGAUGGUUGCUCGUGCACGAACAAUAGCUGUUCAAAAAUUAUUUCGUGCUUUUGUAUGGCAGAUGAUAUUUGUAGCAAUUGUACUUGCAUUUGCCAUCAUGAUUGUUGCCACGGAUAUGUGUAAUUCAGAUAAAAGAAGUCAUAGUACUCUUUAUUUAUGUAAUAAUUCGUCACAAGUAUUAAAUGCAUUAUUAAUUACGGUAUUCGUUUUAACUCUACUACAAGCAAUUAUAAACACCAUUGUUACUGGAUUUGUCGAACGAAAAACACAAUUAAAUGCUUCAUAUAUAAUAUCAUCAAAUAAUUAUGUACAACAAGCAUAG